AUGAUUCAAAAUAGUACUGCAAAAGAUGAAACAAUAGGAAGUAAUUAUGAUGAUAGUGGUGCUAUGAUAUAUAUUGUAACUGUUCUUCUUUGGUAUUCAAUUGGUAUUAUAUUUAUGUUAGCAAUGCAAAUGAAAGCACGUUCUGAAAUUACUGAAGAAUCAGCAAGACGACGAACGAAAUUACUUAUUCGAAACUUACGAGAUCAUACAAAUACUAAGGAAAUAUUAGGCAAGUUUAUUAGAUUUAUAUUUACCGUUUUAUUAAAUUUUUGGAAUACAUAA